ACCCCUGCAGCUUCCACUACCAUACACCGCACUAUCACUCACCCCUCUCCUCCUUCUCCCUCUCCCCCGCCCUCUCUCCUCGUUACUCCCGCCGCCACCAUCACCACCGGCGGCAAGGGAAAGUGCUGGAGCUAAAAGUGAAAAGCAUGACUCUCCGGCGUGAGGGCAGCCUGGCUCACUCCAGAGGUAAGCGGCGAAGGGAGCGCUCAUCCACGCCUCCAUCUCCUCGAUUCCUUUGCCAGCCUCGAACCGCGAAUGUUGUCUUGAUACAAACUUUUCUCAUCCCUCGCCUACGUACCGGAUUCUACUAACUCGGUUCGCGUCGGAUACUGAAGUCUUAUUUUUGUUAUUUAUUUUCUCUGGUAACCCCGUGCUGUGUCUCUCAGUCUCGGUUCCCUCGCUGUUAUUUCGGAUACCAGUUCUCUCUCCCUGAAGUGCGUCCUCAGCCCAGCAAGAGCCGUGAGAAGUAUCUUCAAUAGGACGAGUUGGUCCGCUACAUUUUACAAACGUAUUGGUGACUCAGAAGACAGCGAGUUAAGUGUCCUCACCACCACCUCCACUGUCUCCUAAGCUGCUGCUACCUUCCCGCCGCCCAACCAACAGCAUGACUCCUCUCUGGAUGUCACAGCUGCUGCUCCUAAUGAUGCUGGCUGCCCCCGCCUUGCCUCAGCUAGCGAUACCUGCAGCGGUGGGGCGUGAUGGCGGAGGGCACGGCGGAGGGCACGGUGGAGGGCACGGAGGAGGGCACGGCGGCGGGUAUGGCGGAGGACACGGCGGAGGACACGGCGGAGGACACGGAGGAGGGCAUGGUGGUGGGUAUGGUGGCGGACAUGAUGAUGGUUACGGCCAUGGCGGAGGGGGGCACGGCGGAGGCUACGGUGGUGGUCAUGGCCACGGGGGGUACAAGCCGGCGCCGUGUCACCCGCAGACCAUCACCAAGUACCGCACGGUGUACAAGGACAAAAAGGCGGAGGUUGUUAAUAAUGUGGAGGUGCGGAACCCGAAGCCCCACGUCAAGAAAAUCGUGGAGACGCGCUAUACCACCAUCAGGUAUCCGGUGUUCAUCACGCAGGUGAUCAAGCCUCUGCUCACCCAGGUGGAGACCAAGGUGCGGCCGCUCUUCUUCACCAAGACCAUCAAUAGGUACACCACCGUCAAGUUCACUGUCACGGGCAUCGGCCAGGUCACCCACACCACCGUCAAGUUCGAGAAGGAGUACAUCACUCGCUGCGACAAGAAGGGCUACGACCACCACCGCCGCGAUGCCUCAGACGGCGUCGUAGUUGACGUGGAUCCGGACAAGCCGUCAGUGCCAACCUACCGCACCUCGUCUGUGGAGGACCCCCCAGGCCUGCCCUACGACGACGCGUCCCCCCAGGCAAAUGACGGCCACGUGUCUGCCGUGAACCCCACGCCCGUGCAGAAGGCGCAGGAGACCGCGCCUCCCGGGCCUCCUCUCCCUCCAUUUAGACGGCCUGGUCCCUUCCGACGCCCAGGUUCUUUCCGGCCGCCAGCACCUCCCCGGCCAUCAGGUCUGUACGGUGCCCUGGCGCAGCUAGGCCUGGCAGGAUCUCAGCCAAGUCCGAUAUCGGAGCCCUACCUGCCCCAUCCGCCUCUGCCCCGCGCCCCUGCUGCAGUGGUCGGGUAGGGCCCUGCGCGAUCCUGUCCUCCCCCGCUAAGGAAGUCUCCACUUGUUAUCUCCCUUACACCGUUCAGCUAGUCCAUUAUCAACACCGACAAGUGCGGGCAGUCGUGUCAGCGCCAGUCCAGUGCUUGGGUCGGGUUUGAUGUCGCUACAUAGUUGCUUCCUGUAGACAUUACUGCAACACCCGUGAGGAAAGCAUCUUGGGUCCACCAUUCCCUGGAUUUUUAGUUCUUUCACUCCGCAGUCUUCAGCCGUCCCUCGUGAGGUUAUCCCUCACAGCCACCUUCAUGUGCUGUUCUUAAAGUUACUGUGACGCACCUCAGCUCGCCCGCAGGGUCGGGUGAACGGCAGCGAGGCGGCACGAGGCGAUGGGGCAGGGACGGCUUCCUACAUUCCCAUGAGUCGCGCUGGUCGCCCCAUGUCGUUGCAUUUCACGUCUUAGUGAAGCAUUAGUGCUCUGUUGUGUUUAUUAAAAUUGUUUAUAGAA